AUGCAGGUCGAUCCUGUCUACAAGCGUCAGUCAAACAAUGAUCGCAAUGUCUACAAUUAUUCAACUGGACUCUGGACCACUCCUGGAUACUACACAACUGAUGACUUCGGCAGCGAUGGAGACAAUACCAUCCAUUUCAACCGGGGCUAUUAUAACACUCCACAUUACGUGGCCGCAAAUGUCUCAACAAGCAACAUCACCGACGAUAGCACUCUGGUAGAUGUCUAUGUGACGAGCUUCUUUGCCGCUGCGACAGCGAAAUACUUGACAGGGAACACUACAGGAUGGGUGAACGUUACGAACAGCACGGGCGGAGGCUUCACGUCUUUCGACACAGUGCCUAGAUAUGCCCAGUUAUUUUGGAACAAGGAUUGUUGA